AUGGAGGGAAUUCAGAAUCCUAUACCUCGCACUGUCGAAGAGGUGUUUAGCGACUUUAGGGGUCGAAGAGCUGGUCUCAUCAAGGCUCUCUCUACCGAUGUACAGAAGUUUUACAACCAGUGUGACCCUGAUAAGGAAAACUUGUGUCUUUAUGGACUUCCAAACGAGACAUGGGAGGUUAAUCUCCCUGUCGAGGAGGUCCCUCCUGAGCUUCCUGAGCCAGCGUUAGGUAUCAAUUUCGCAAGGGACGGAAUGCAAGAAAAAGACUGGAUAUCUUUGGUUGCGGUUCACAGUGAUUCAUGGCUUAUCUCUGUUGCAUUUUACUUUGGAGCACGUUUCGGAUUUGGGAAGAAUGAGAGGAAGAGGCUCUUCCAGAUGAUAAAUGAUCUCCCAACCAUUUUCGAGGUUGUAACUGGCAAUCCAAAGCAAUCCAAGGAUCAAUUGGCUAACCACAACAGUAGCAAAAGCAAAUCUAGCGGUGGCAAGCCUCGUCAUUCCGAGUCUCACACUAAGGCUUCAAAGAUGUCUCCACCACCAAGAGAAGAAGAUGACAGCGGAGAUGAUGAGGAAGAUGACGAACAAGGUGCGGUUUGUGGCGCGUGUGGAGACAACUAUGGAGGAGAUGAGUUCUGGAUAUGCUGCGAUGCUUGUGAGAAAUGGUUCCAUGGAAAAUGCGUGAAGAUCACACCCGCAAAGGCUGAGCACAUCAAACACUACAAAUGCCCCAGUUGCAGUACCAACAAGAAAAUCAAAGCUUGA